AUGCUUUCAUCCUUCCCGAUUCCCUCUUAUCCCCCUGCCUUGACCGGGGGCCAGUAUUUUGACAGGUUUAAAGACUAUCUCAACCUGUCGAAGGUCAUCCUGGAGAUCAUUGAGGACCGGAAGAAGGGGCAGGCUGGUUUUCCGGUCUGGGGUCCCCUUGACUGCAGUGAUGUGCCCUUGGGACCCCUUGAAGACCCCUUGGGGGUCCUGGCUCAGUGGGCCAUCAGCAGCGGGAGCAGCAGCUCGGAGGGUGGAGCGAACGGCGAGGCGUCGCAGCCCCCCCAGCAAGCCGCCAAGGGGAUGAUCUGCAACUUUUGCAAGCACAACGGAGAGUCCAAGAACGUCUACACUUCCCACCCGCUGAAACGGGCCGACGGGGUGGUGGCCUGCCCCAUCCUUCGCAACUACACCUGCCCGCUCUGUGGCGCCACAGCCGGCAAGGCCCACACGCUCAAAUACUGCCCGCUCAACCAGGAGAAGCAGUCACUGUAUCGCAAGUGCGGACGCAACUCGGCUGGGCGCAAGGUUAAGAGAUGA